UACCAAAGUCGACCACGGAAUCGAACACAUGGCACCGGCUUCGGCCACACCCGCAUUGGGCAACGUGGGCGGACGCGUUCUCUCUUGCUAUCCCUUUCGCCGUGUUGCCUGCAGUCAAAAUGUCUUCCACCAUGAACGGUGUCGAAAGCGACGACGAAACUCCCCAGGUGUCAAUCACAAGUGAGAGCGACGAUGACGUGCCUCAGCUGUCGGCAGGGACGAUGGCAGCCCUGAUGGAAUUCUUCAAGGAGGAGGAGGAGAGGAAGGAUAAGCUACGGCAGAUUGAGGAGGGAGAGAUUCCGGACACCUUUGAGGAGGACUGGAACAUGAGUCAGUUUUGGUAUGCAGAAGAAACCUCAAAUUGCCUGGCCCAAGAAUGCCUAAGAUUGGCAGGGAACAACGGGACCAUCGCUUGUGUGUCUUCGCCAACCCUUUACAGAACAUUAAGGGGAAUGGACCAUAACUGCAAGUUGCGAGUACUAGAAUAUGACACAAGAUUUGCCGUCUAUAAGGAAGACUUUGUCCUCUAUGACUUCAAGAAUCCCCUUGCUGUGCCGAGAGACCUAAGGCAAGAGUUUGAUGUAGUGGUGGCAGACCCCCCAUACCUGGACGAAGAUUGCCUCGCCAAGACAGCAAUCACCAUCAAGUACCUGAUGAAGACGGACGCGAAGUUGAUCUUGUGUACGGGCUCAGUGUUGGAAGAACUUGCGGACCGCUUGCUAGGGGUUAAAAAGUGCAAGUUUGAAAUUAAGCAUGAUAAACAGCUGAGCAACCCCUUUUCUUGCUAUGCUAAUUAUGACUUGGAUAGUUUUUGUGAAAGUUGAUAAUGAGCUUAUUAUAUUAUAUCUGUUAUUAACAAAUUAUCCACUGAAGAAUUAAGCUUGCAGGAAGCGGAGAUCGUCUGUGCUAAAAAGUCUUGUUUCGGCAAGCAGUGGCGUUGUGGUGUGUCCCGUGCUUGUGUCAGACAAUAAAAGUGAUAAAAAAUAUAGAUAAUAAUUGUUGUGAUAUGCAUUUUUUUUCAAAUAUGAUAGAUAUCAAACCAUAAUAUAAAAAAGUGGUUCCACUUUGCUAUGUAACAAUUCCAUUGAUAUGUAGUAUGUGUCAUUUUAAAGAUGCCUUACGUAUUAUAGGACCUCAAAGCCUCUAUGACAAUAAGUGUCUAUAGUUAACUGCAGUUACUUUUCCACAUUUUAAGCCUUUUUAUAUUUUGUAUAUAAUUUUUCAUUCUGAUCAUGUUUUUUGAAAUGGGAAUGCAAGUGUCUAUGAGCUGUAUAAUGAAGGUAUAAAAGAAGAUGGGCAAAAAAACUAACUGCAUGCAGUUAGGCUUAAAGUCCACUA